UUACUUUUUUAAAAAUUCACUUUCCAAGCGGUUUUACAGAUGCUGCUUUUCUACCUCCAGUACUCUACAUUUGCAUAAGAGGAGAUGAAGCACAAAGCAAGGAAACUUCUUGUCCGAGGUGAUAGAGUAAGAGUAAGUCACAGUUAGGUCUAGAAUUAAGCCUUCCCUAGGCAGCUCUAAGUCUUCCCCUCCAAGCCCGAUUUGCAGAUCCCAUUGCUACUUAUUGCCUGCUUAGCAGAGAACCCCUGUGAUACUUCUUGAUGUCAGCAAGGAAAGGACAUCCAGAAUUCCUCUCUUCAGCAAGGCUGCCUUGCCCUGGACCAUACUGACCAUUCGGUAGGGAUAGCUGUGAUAACAGAGGUCCUCUUUUCUCCCUGUGAGAUCCCAUCAGACAUGUAGGCUUGUUGCUAUUCUGGAAGGGACUUGUUAUUGUCCUCCCAGCCCCUUAUUCCAUUGUAAUGGGACCCAUUGUUUUAGAGGAAGGCAGCCCCCAUGACAGAAUCCCAGAUUAUAUCCUGGGCUUUUUUCCCCCUGGUCAUUCCUAGUUUAUAUCCUCAAUACAAAGCCUGCUUACUCUCAUCUUCAUUAAGACAUUAUCUUUGCUGAAAUGGCAGCUGGACUUGUUUAAUAAUUAUGAAUUUAGCCUGUACCAGAUCUUAUCUCUGUCAUCUUUACAAGAAGCCUAAGUAGGCCUCGAUGCAUCAUUAAGGGACUAGUUCUCUUUGCUGAAUGUAGCUUUUGUAAAGGCAGGUAAUAGUUCUUUUGUAGUUUGAGUCUAAGAUGGAGGAAAUCUCAAAAUCUGUCUUGAACUAUUUGACAGAUAUCUAUUAAGUAUCUUAGAAGGUCUUGAUACUGUUGCAAAGCACUUUUAGAUACUUAAAAUCUGGUCUCUGUCCCAAGAAGGAGAGAUGGCAUAUACAUAGUUAACCUCAGUAGAAAACAGUGUUUGGAAAUGCUGCAAUAAUGACACAAGGAAGAAGGGUUUGAUCUCCAAAUAUUGCUCUGCCUUCCUUUGAAAUGUUUCUCAUAUCUAUCCUUUCCUUUCUGUAUUUACUGCCACCUCCCCAGUUUUAGGUGUUACCACCUUAAAGAAGGCAUGGUCAGAGAGAUAGGCAAACCAAGAGGUUCUGUCAAGAAAGAGAGGGAGGGGCUUCCCUGGUGGCACAGUGGUUGAGAGUCUGCCUGCCUACCGGGUUCGUGCCCCGGUCCGGGAAGAUCCCACAUGGCCCGUGAGCCAUGGCCGCUGAGUCUGCGUGUCCGGAGCCUGUGCUCCGCAACGGGAGAGGCCACAACAGUGAGAGGCCCGCUUACCGCAAAAAAAGAAAGAAAGAAAGAAAAGAAAGAAAGAGAGGGAGUUGGCCAGCAUUGUCAAGUGUUACAGAGACAGCAGGGAGAGUCAGGUUCAGAAAAAGCCAUUCCAUUUGGUGACUGGGGGAUCAUUGGUAGGCUUUUGAAAGCUUUGGGGUCAGGUGCACACCUGGCCUCCUGUAAUAGGAUGAACCACUCAAAGGUCACUUCCAGCUUAUAGAAUUGAAGAAACCACAUCUAGAUCAGUUCUGACAAGUGUUGGGACUGUACUUUGAAGACCCAGAUUCUUAAAGCCCCCACUCUUUGCUUAUUCUUUAAUGUGGACUCUUACUGAACUUUACCAUACCUCGGUGGCUCACAGUUAAUUAACCCUCCCGUGGCACAGCAUAACAAGAUGGCAAACAUUCAUUAACACGUAUUUUACACACCCAAGCAUUAUCUUUGCAUCUACCAAUUGGAUGCUAUUAGAUUCAUAGUGACUCCUUCCUGCUGGAAUUCUUUAGGGGCAGAAAGAGAUUGUAAUUAAACAAGUUGAAGAUCAAGCAGAAGACUAAAAGAGAUGCGAGGCCCCCUGGGUCAGCUUCAUCCCUGACUUUCUGUGUGUGCUUGGUGCUUGCCCUCUGUUUGACGCUUCCUUCAUCUAUAAAAUCGGGCGGAUGGUACCACCACUGCCCCCACAACCUGAGGCAAGUUUUGUAGGGAUAAAUUAGACUUUAAAAAAAUUCGAAGCAGGGUGGAGGAAUGUGCUCUUUAAGUAUACAUUCUUUUUUUCUCUUAUUAUUAUUAUUUUUUUUGGCCACGCCGUGCAGCAUGUGGGAUCUUAGUUCCCCGGCCAGAGAUUGAACCCACACCCCUUGCGUUGGAAGCACAGAGUCUUAACCACUGGACCACCAGGGAAGUCCCUAAGUAUACAUUCUUAAGUUACGGUUGAUAUUUUAAAAGGAGGCAAUGUGACCUAGCAGUUAGUUCAGGGUCUGGAACCUGGUGGGUCUAAGUUUGCCUACUGAUUCUUUUCCUUGUCUUAAAAUGGGGAUAAUAGUAGAAUCUAGUCCAUGGUGGCAUGGUGAAGAUUAACACUUGGCAUAUAGUAAGCACUAUAUAAAUGUUAGCUAGUAUUAAUAGUUGCAGUAGUGAUUUUUUAAGGGUUCCGGGUUAUAGAUGAUUUACCAUGAGAUUUCUUUCAAAAAGAGCCUUGUUCAUUCUUCACAUAUUAAAUCGUGACUUUCUAAGACCCAGGUACUGCAUUAAAAGUUCAGGGAGCAUGGGAGGAGUGUUACAUCUUUGUGGGAGGAUUAGAAAAGACUUAAAAGUCUUUCCAAAGGAGGAGGUGCCCCUUCAGUGAAUUCUAAAGCAUGAGUAGGAGUUUUCUAGGUGAGUGGAGGCAGUAGUGAGUGAGCAGAGAAAGCCACAAGCACAGAGGCAUGGAGGCAUUGAUGAGUGUGGAGUAUUUGGUGGACCAGGAGUGAUUCAGUAGAGUAGGAAAUGUAGAAUGUGAGGUUGGGAGUGUCAGGAGGGGAGACUGGACCCAGUCUCCCAGUAGUCAGGGCCCAGAUCUGAGGGUCUUUGAAUGCCAUACCAAAGCGUUUAGACUUUUAUCCUAAAAUUUGGGGGAGCCUUUGCAUUAUGUUGAGCAGGAGAGUACAUAUAAGAAAGGUAAGUCAGUGGCAGGACUGAGAUCUGAUUAGGUUCCUGCAUGGCUGAAUAUGUGGCCUUUAGUAAUUGCACCUCUGCGGCUUUUCUCCUUGGCCUUUGUUUCCACUCGUACAGAGUGAGGAGUAUAGAGCGUGCUGGAGAAGGGUAAUGUGACUGGGUGCAUUUCUGGGAGCCCUGGAUGGAUGAGGUGACACUGGUGAUUGCCUGCUGGUGUGGGGUAGCAUCUGAAAGCUUCUCAUUGUACCAGAAGCAGGAAAGGUUGGAUAGAAUUUGGGGGUCUGGCAAGAAUGGCAGGGCUAGCUGGCCUUCUCUUAGGGAUGCUUCCGAGACCUUCUCUAACCCAGAAUAUUUCCAGAGCGCAGUUGGCCAUGCAUUUAGAAACUCCUUGCAGGACUUCCCUGGCGGUCCAGUAGUUAAGACUCCGUGCUUCCGCUGCAGGGGGCAUGCAUUCGAUCCCUGGUUGGGGAACUAAGAUCCUGUGUGCCAUGUGGCGCAGCCAAAAAAAGAAAAAGAAAAAGAAAAAGAAACUCCUUGGCUCGACUGCAUCCUCUUUGUUCAUUUGUUUUGCAUUUUACAGACGUUUGACGAGUUGGUAUAGGAAAGGCACCCCCAUGGAGCGUCCAGGAAUGUUUGAGAUAUGGCCCUUGUCCUCGAGAUGCUUGUGUAUAGCAGGGGAAGACACGCAUCCAAAACUCUAUUCCAUAUGAUGGGACUGAGUACGGGCUGAGUGAAGCUGACAUGGAGGCCUCCUAUGCCACAGUGAAGAGCAUGGCAGAACAAAUAGAGGCUGAUGUCAUCCUCCUCCGGGAACGUCAAGAAGCUGGGGGCCGUGUGCGCGAUUACCUGGUCCGGAAACGAGUAGGAGACAAUGACUUCCUGGAAGUCAGGGUAGCGGUAGUGGGCAACGUGGAUGCCGGCAAAAGCACGCUUCUGGGGGUCCUGACCCACGGGGAGCUGGACAAUGGCCGAGGCUUCGCCCGCCAGAAACUCUUCCGCCACAAACACGAGAUUGAAUCUGGUCGCACCAGCAGUGUGGGCAACGACAUUCUGGGCUUUGACAGUGAAGGCAAUGUGGUAAACAAGCCAGACAGCCAUGGUGGCAGCCUGGAGUGGACACGGAUCUGUGAGAAAUCCACUAAGGUGAUUACGUUCAUCGACUUGGCCGGCCAUGAGAAGUACCUGAAGACCACGGUCUUCGGCAUGACCGGCCAUUUACCUGACUUCUGCAUGCUCAUGGUGGGCAGCAAUGCUGGCAUUGUGGGGAUGACAAAGGAGCACCUGGGCUUGGCAUUGGCACUCAAUGUGCCUGUCUUUGUGGUGGUCACCAAGAUUGACAUGUGUCCUGCCAACAUCCUGCAAGAAACCUUGAAGCUGUUACAGCGCCUGCUGAAGUCGCCUGGCUGCCGCAAGAUCCCUGUGUUGGUGCAGAGCAAGGAUGAUGUGAUUGUUACAGCCUCCAACUUCAGCUCUGAGAGGAUGUGCCCGAUAUUCCAAAUCUCCAACGUUACAGGCGAGAACCUAGAUCUGCUGAAGAUGUUCCUCAACCUGCUCUCCCCUCGCACCAGUUACCGGGAGGAAGAGCCUGCUGAGUUUCAGAUUGACGACACCUACUCUGUCCCGGGUGUGGGAACAGUGGUGUCAGGGACAACACUGAGGGGCCUGAUCAAGCUGAAUGACACGCUGCUCCUGGGCCCAGAUCCUUUGGGUAACUUCCUGUCCAUUGCUGUCAAAUCGAUCCAUCGCAAGCGCAUGCCUGUCAAGGAGGUGCGGGGGGGCCAGACGGCCUCCUUCGCGCUGAAGAAGAUCAAGCGCUCGUCCAUCCGGAAGGGCAUGGUGAUGGUUUCUCCACGCUUGAAUCCCCAAGCAUCCUGGGAGUUCGAGGCCGAGAUCCUUGUCCUUCACCACCCCACCACAAUCAGCCCGCGGUACCAGGCCAUGGUGCACUGUGGGAGCAUCAGGCAGACAGCCACCAUCCUGAGCAUGGACAAGGACUGUCUGCGCACCGGGGACAAGGCCACCGUGCAUUUCCGCUUUAUCAAGACCCCCGAGUACCUGCACAUAGACCAGCGGCUGGUGUUCCGGGAAGGCCGCACCAAGGCUGUAGGCACCAUCACUAAGCUCCUCCAGACCACCAACAAUUCCCCAAUGAACUCCAAGCCCCAGCAGAUUAAAAUGCAAUCGACGAAAAAGGGUCCCCUGCCCAAACGAGAAGAGGGAGGUCCCUCUGGAGGGCCAGCAGUAGGGGCACCCCCAACUGGAGAUGAAGCUUGCUCUCUAGCGGCUGCGCAGCCAGCUGCAUCCGGCAGUCUCCAGCCACAGCCCAAGCCCGGCAGCGGGGGCCGGCGACGGGGGGGCCAGCGUCACAAGGUGAAGUCCCAGGGGGCCUGCCUGACUCCCGCCAGCGGCUGCUGAAUCUCCCCCAGCCCACCUCCACCACCCAAGGGAUCCUCGUUCUCUGGCCACCACUCCACCAGAUGGGCCAGAGCAACUCUGACCACCGCUCGCCCUCCCCCAGGCCGCACCCGGAGCCUCGUCAUUCCCCCCACCCCCGUUUUCCAGGGGGUUGUAAUUUAUAAGCUGAGGAAGGUGGCCAGACUUCUGGAGGACUGACCAUCUCCAACUCUCUUCCCCACCUUCUUCCUCACUCACACCUUUUUUGUACAUCUGGGCCCUUAGUUUUUAUUCUUUUUAUUAUCUAUCUAUCUAUCUAUCUAGUGUGCGUGUGCGUGUGUGUGGGCGUGUGAGGUGCAGGAGUACGGCCGGUCAGGGCCUGGCAGUCUUUCCCCUUUCUCCUCCGUGGCUGGCCACCAGCCUCCAGGAGCUAGCUGGCUGCCUGUCUGUCCAUGUGUUCGUGUGUCUCUGUGAGAACCUUUCAGGGCUGUCAGGAGCCGAAGCGCGCCCUCCUUCCCUGUGCUCACUCUCCAGUGCGCCUGGAGCCCUGCCACGGAGCCGCCUCCAGGCUGAGGGGCGUCCAGGGGAAGUAUCUGCUGCUGCCAGAGCAGGGGGCCGUCCUUCUGCGACUUGGGGAUCUCAGCAGCAUGGAGAGCAGUGGUCCCCCUUUUCUCUUUCUCCCUCAUUUCCCUUAAAGCCCCAAACAGGUAAUGCCAAAAGCUCUUAGGCUGUAACUGUAGACGUGUGGAGGGUGUUGGUGACUGAGUUGUAGGACCCUCCUUGCCCCUCUGACCUUGCCACUGACCUGAAGACAGCUGUGGCUCUUCUUUCCCCUUGGAGACAAUCCUUUGUUUGCCUGGCUGGCUGGGGUGACUCCUCUUCUGCUGAGUCUGCCGAGCUGGGGCUCUCACCUCGCCCUGGGGCCGCCUCCUGCUUGGACUUUGACUCUGAUUCUUGUUGGGCCUCAGGGCACUGAUGAUUGGGCCUGGGGUCCGCCUGCUCAGGGUCACAGUCAACAGCACCUCCUGUUGGCAGGGGUGCCAGGUGUUCCUCUGAGCCAGGCCGGGACUGGAACCCCUCCUUCCCUGCCACAUCGCCCCAGCAUGGCUGCUACAGGAGCCCAGCAGUGAAGGGCCUGAGCCCCAGAUUUGGAAGCUCCAACUGGGGUACAGGGAGAGCAGGUAGGAGGUAGUAAAAAAGAUUCUUCCAGACCCAGCUCAGAGCAUUAAGCCCUUUGGAAGAAUCGUUGCCAGGGGUGGGGGUGGUGUUGCCCAGGCCAGAGAUGGUAGCAUGGGCCCCAAACCAGCCUGCUCGGAGCUGUGGACUGAAGCCCUCUCUUUAGGGUGGACUGAUGGGCAGAGAUAUGUUCUUUCUCUAGCCUGGGACACCCAACUGGCUGGGUCCUUCCUCAGCCUCGCCUCCCUUCCAUCCCCAACCCUUUGCCGCCACUCCUGCUUCCGGACUGCUGCUCCCCUCUCCUCUCCUCCUGACUGUUUCUAGUUACCACUGACCUGUGGCCAUGGACCGACCAAACCAGCACACAAAAUAAAAGUUUGUUCCAAGUU